CCUAGAAGCACGUGUCAGAGCGGAUGCCCGUGAUGAUCUCGACACUUCUACAGCUUCACAGUUGAAGGAUGUGCUCGAGACGCACUUCAGCACUGGAGAGCAUACUUUUGAGUUAUUGGAGGACAUCUUAGCCAACGACCGAUGUAAGUGAUUGAUCUGACAAUUCCCAACGUAUACAUGUACAUGAACACCGCACUCGUUGACCCUGAUAUAGCCGCCGAUCUUAGAUUGGGUCAUCAUUUGCCACUGGUAAAGAAAACAUUGCAAUCACUCAAAGUGGUCGAGUACCUCGGACCAAGUGCUGAGGAAUCUACCUUUUCCUCGAAGAAUGUUCGAAUCGAGGUCUAUGUAUAUGGGUUAUAUGGCAAUGCGAGAUCUUUGGAGGAAGACCGUCAUUUCCCUCAGGCAGAGCUGACGCCGAUGCCACAUAUUAGGUUCGAAGGAAUAUGGGAUGAGCUAGUAUUCACUGAUAAUAUCAAAGAAGACCUCCUCUGGAUGAUGAUCAACAUUCUUCGAUUCUCUCUGCGGUCUUCGGACAAUUCACGUGGCGAAGUGAACCCACUCAUCCUGCUCCACGGCCCCCCUGGUACGGGCAAAACUAGUCUUUGCCAAGGACUCGCCCAAAAGAUAGCAAUCCGACUUCGAUCGCAGUACGACCACACUACACUAGUUCAGAUAAACACCGCUACGCUGCUCUCCAAAUAUUACAGUGAGAGUGCGAAACAAGUCGACGAGAUCUUCACGAAGAUAGCAUGCCUGUGCCAAGAAGAACCAAACACCUUCACAUGUGUACUUAUUGAUGAGAUAGAAAGCAUUGCAAGCUCUCGAGAGUUCAGUACAACGGGCGACGAAUCACACGACUCACUGCGGGCUACAAAUGCUCUUCUCACCGGCCUGGACAAGACGAAUCAUUACCCCAACGUCAUCUUUCUUUGCACCACUAAUAUGUUCACCGCUCUGGAUGAUGCAUUCCUUGAUAGAUGUGGGCUGAAAAGAGAAGUCGCAAUUCCGUCGCUUCCUUCGCAGUACCAAAUCAUCAGGAAAAGAUUGCAGAAGCUCAUCGACAGGGGGGUGAUCCAGACUGAUGAAUCACUUCUUUCACAUGAAGAUGCAAGGCUGUGUGCAGAACUGGACUCGAGAAAUACGCCUGCCAGACUUUUGGCUAUAGCGCAGCUUAUCAACUCAUGCCCUGGAAUGAGUGGACGAUCAUUGACCCAGCUUCCCGAGCGUGCUGUACUACAACACCUACGAGAGGAUGAGUGCGACAUGGAUAUGGCUUUGACCUUUAUCGAGAGAGUGCUAAAAUUGCCACAGCCAAAGGCCCAGGAAACGGAAAGCUAUGUGAAAGUGGAGCAGACCGAAAAGAAACUUUCGUCAAUCCCAGAUCCGCAAGCUGAAAAGCACGAAAGAAAGAAUGAUAUUCAGGUGGAACAGCAUGGAACAGAGAUCGAGAUCCGGGGUAUGAAGAGGACACUCAGGAUGCUCUUCGAAGAUGAUCUGGACAUUGAGGUAUUGCAGAGAUGCAUUGCAGAGGCGCGAAAGAGACCUGUGCAAGAGUAAAGGACGCGGAUUCUGACAGGCCGAUGCUACCAACUCCAUGAGCAGAGAGGACAUAAAACCAAAUAGCUUCAUUGAUCGUGGUUGUGCAA